UUUAAGGUUAUGUUCAUUGUUGUUUGCGCGCUCAUCGCCAAUCGCCAUGCUCAUGCUUGUGUUUGAUCCAACAAGCCAACCACCUUCAGUUGCAGGUUGCAGUUGGCUAUUUUAUUUUUCAUAAUUGCAUAAAUUAUUUUGUAUUUUAAAAACUUUAUUCUCAAAUGAAACAUAUUUAUAAAAUGGCACAAAGUAAAAAUUCGGCAAAAUCCAAUACUGGAUUAAAAAUUGACUGUGAAAAUUUGGAAAAUAAUCCACAUUGUCCACAUGGACCAACAUUACUCUAUAAAAGACUGAGUAAUGGCAAAGAGACUCAAGAGUAUUAUGCGUGCUCCUCUUAUCAAAACAGAAAAGACUGCUCAUUCAUGUUUGUAAGUAGGUCAGUAGAGGAACGGAAAAAGCAAAUAGUGAUCAGAGAAAGGAGAAAACUUUUCUCAGACAAUGUCACUGAACUAAGAGAAAGGUUGAAAAGGCUCAAAAAGGCCGAACCAUCAGAACGAUUUUUCUGCUCUACUUGCAGUUGUUUAAUUUUCUUGGAAGAGCAGAAUAAACAUGCCGAACACAGUGUGAAAAAUAAUGUAACUGAUUAUCAAUUAACACAUCCAUCUCAGUUACUUCUACUCCAGAGUGACUCGAAACGAGAAGCCCAGUUCAUGUUCUCUGUGAAUACAGUGGAUGUGAUAUUGGGUGGACUCAAAGCUCUCAACUUCAAAAAACUAAUCUGUAUUGGGACUCCAACCAUCCACGAGAGAGUUAUGGAGUGCAAAGACGGAAUGGAGUCGAUUCUGCUCGACAUUGACCACAGAUAUAUCCAGUUCUACAGUGGUGAUCACCAAUUCUGCUGGUUCAACAUGAUGAAUUGCUUUCCUAUGAAGGGGCAGCAUACCUUCGAUAGGGUGAGAGAUUUCCUUCAUUGCGACGAUGUUGUCGUACUCAUGGAUCCACCUUUCAGUGCUCGGUCAGAACCUCUCGCCUACACCCUGACUAAAUUAGACUCCGUUUAUCAACAACAGAUGCGUGAUAAUCCUCUACCUGUUGUGUGGAUAUUUCCGUAUUUCAAAGAGAAUGACGUUGUUUCAGCGAGGCACGAUAUGGUUAUGUUGGAUUAUGACGUGAAAUAUACAAACCAUAAAAAAUUCAACGAAAGUGACAAAACGUCUGUGAUAAGAAUGUUCACAAACCUGGAUGCGUCAAAAUUUGUGCUUCCUGAGAGUGAAGGGUACCGAUACUGUAAAAAGUGUAAUCGUUGGAUUUCAAAACAUAAUAAGCAUUGUUUCAAGUGCAAGAUAUGUCCAUCAAAGAAUGGGCAGCCCUACAAGCACUGCAAUGUCUGCAAUCGUUGUGUCAAACAAUCAUGGCAGCAUUGUCAUGAGUGUAAUAGAUGUGCGCUCACAGACCAUCCAUGUCACAUGUGGCAAACUACAAAGGUUCAAAAGCCGGAGAAAAUAGUUGAAAAGACAGUUGAAUUGAAGAGGAGAUCUUCAACAAACACUUCUAAAGCUGCUAAGAAAAGGAAAAAGACACAUGGAAGAAGUAAGCCAAUCGAACAUCUCAGCUGAUCCCGGGGUAAAGUACUUUAUCGUUUGGCCACAUCUGCUGAAUUCUUUCCUGGUACACUGUCUUCAAACCGUGUUCAUGAGAAUCUGAUGUCUCAGUAAAUUCAAUCAAUCUCUUCAGUUAUCCUCUGGAAAUGUCUACUUUCAUCAACCUGAUGGAGAACUUCCACUAUUCUACAAUGCUCGUACACAUUAUCACGUUUGAAGAUUCCGCAUUGUUCAUCUUUUUCAAAAAAGAGUUCAAAACAUUGCAAAAACAGAUGAAAUGAAACAAUAAUCACUAUAUUAUAUCAAUAUGUAACUACUACCGUAGAUAUAGUAUUACUAUAGGUGAAAAUUAUCGAUCUUUUAAUUGUUCUCUUAUAAUUGGUGGGAACUGAAAAAGAAGAAGCUAAAAAUUCUUUGACUUAGUUGUUAAGUAAUGAAUUUCAACUGUUCCUUGAGGGAUUAUUCAAAUUACUGAACGCAAUCUAGUAUUAUGAGUGUAUUAUCGUAAAUCUUCAACCUUGAACUGUAGCUCGGAAAAUUUGAAGGAGCUUAAGUGGGAACUGACUCCACCUAAGGGUCCUUUUGUAACUUAUAUUUCAAUUAAUUGGAAAGAACUCACCGGAUUAAGCUUUUUGCCCCUGGAUAUGCUUCUGUCGGUAGAGCAUCAGGAUCAGAUUUGUCCUCCAGUUUAUCAGCACGCUCGCACUAAUACACGUUUAUUCAAUUUUUUCACUAACGAAUAAAUUUCCGUCCGCACACUUCAACAUAUAACGAGAGUCCGGAGAAGAGUCUAGAAGAGAAGUGAACGAAACAGCCGGGCUCCUUCCAAGUUGCCGGGAGAGUACCGUUACAACGAGAGAAAAGGCCGAUACUUCCCCAAAGUUAUGGAGAUGAGGGGUAAGCUCCUUCAAUUGAGUGAGAUAUAUAACAAGUAUCUCCGUGAAACAAAAUCAAACAUGGAGCCAGAGGGAAAAUUUGGAGAACACCUUUCCGAGAGAGGAUACAAUAAUAAUUGAAAAUAGAAAUAAUUUCACGAAAGAUUCACAUUUAUAUCACAGAAUUGAAAAGAAAAAUCGUUAUUUUAUUAAAGCUGCAUGAAACAAAUGAUAGCUGACUGGCACCUUAUCUUAUCGAUAGUAAUCGCUGCUUGCUAUCUGUCAAUUCGAGCUAUGCCAGCCCGCUUACGAAAUGUGUUGUCACAAGUGCUAAAACAAUUUUUUGUGUUAUUGAAAAAACUCAUUCAUUUUGAAACUAAAAGACAACUUAAGUUUAAUACAAAGCUAAACUCGCUUUGUAUUAAAUACGCCAAUGUUAUAAGGUUUUCCUUCAAUGUAUUUCAAUUUAUAUUUGUUCGCUAUCCAAACUGAUGAAUGGGUCGGAUUUGAAAGAAACAUAUUUCAGCACCCUGCUCAUCGCUUUCAACAUAAUGAAAUAUAUUUAUUCGGGUUUUCAAUCUCUCAAUUUCCUCAUAGCUUUACUGCAAGCUAGAGCAUCUCGGGAUUGGAGAUUUUUGAAACGUGGAUCUAAAAGUGUAGCCACAGCCGCAUGGUGAUUAUACUCAAUCGCUCCAAAUCGCUUUUGUAGUUCUCUCUUGAUGCAGUCCUGUACUUGUCCCACAUCUACUGACGAAGUUUUAAACUUUUCCAACUCUUAUGCCAUACAGUUCUGAAAUUGUGAGAAACUUCUCACCUGAUACUUCCUUGUUCGCAAAUUCAAACGGCCUAAACAGAGAUAAUGACUGUUGUAUCCUCCUCAUUCCAAAUGAUUUUUUUUCUUUGAAUCAUUUUUUUUGCAUUACAUUUAUGUUCUUUACAGUCAAAAGAAAUAGAAAAUGAUGAGUUUAUUUUUUUUUUUCAAUUUUUAACCAAAAUAUUUGAUGUCGACUAUACUGCCCUCCUAAGCGUAAAAGACGUAUCUCAGAAAACCGUAAUUGUUGGGCAGAGAGAUUUUACUUCAGCUCUAUCCCGCACAAAGUAAAAUGACAUAUUUUGAUGUUUUUUUUACUAAUCAUAUCAAAUAGUGUUUCUACAACUAAUUAUAACGUAAAAAUCUCAAAUUUCUUUAUUUUUUGCAAAAUUUAUGAGAUACGACUUUCUGGCUAAGUAAGUGCAUUGGAAUUGUAUGCUGAAAUGAUGUAAGCAAUAAAGUCGUAUCUCAUAUAGAAGUAGGAAAUCCAUAAAAAACAUUGAUAAAUACAUUACAUUAUGAGUAAAAAUCUUGUAUUUCAAAUAUUACAUUAGGAGUUUGAAGUCUUGUAUUACAACGUGAAUCAUCUACAACUAAAAUAAUCAAUGUAAAAAAUCAGUACUGUUAUUGAUACUGCUAUUGACUCUCUGGUAGUUUUUCCCAAAACUUGAUCCGGUUCUUCUCGAAUAAACCACCAAGAUUAUUCAAAAUGUUCUGUCUUUUCGCUGCACUUAUGCCAAUAAAUUUGUUUUUUUCCUGUGGAUGUGGAAGAAUACCUUUUUGUAAUAGAAGCAGACAGGAAGUUAAAUUCUGUGUACUCAUCAGUGAGGAAGUCAUUCCUGUAUUUGAUAGUUUUUAAUCCUCUUGUGAAUAUGACUCCAACCAUAUCCUGGAGGUAGGGCCUAGGAUUUGUCUUGGACAACUUGUACUGUGAGGAGUAGUCUUUCCAUUCAAAGAAAUGUUUCAGGUCCAAGGCCAAAACUUCAGUGUUAGGUGAUGCAUUUUUUACAGCUUUAACAAAAUCUUCAAAAUCUUACAAUUUAUUGCCGAUUUUCUGCAUUGACAGCUCAACUCUGUGAUGAAAUGAAUCGGCUGCCAUGAAUGUAUGCCCUGGUUCAAAAUACCGUAUAAUUAUUUCAUCACAAGCAAUUUCAUCAGAAUUUAUUACAAAAAAAAAAGAAAACAAAGA